AAUGGAAGAGAAAACAAACAGGGGAAAUGAGAUGAGUGUUUCACUAAUUCAAUUGGUUUUGUAAAUAUGUUAUCAUGUCUCAUGUAAUAAAACAACCAAUUUGAUAAUUGAACUGAUUUUAGUUCUGGUACAUAUACACUUUGGUCUUUGUAGACGAAGGUUGAUAUCUUAAAAAGGACUUUAUGUACAUUGUUGAUUCUUGAUUAUCAUCAGAAUUUAUCAGUUAUCUGAUCAGAUUAUUUGUUAGCAAUAAUGGCGUCAGCGAAAGCGAAUCUUGAUAAGGCAGAAACUCGUAAAUUUUUUCAAAAUUUAUGGCGUACAGAUCUCAUGGGCACCCUUAAAGCCGACCCAGCAUAUUGGUGUUUCGCGCUGUGGUGUGGACCAUGUUCAUCGUAUGUGCUAAGGAAACGAGCUUUAUAUGGUGAUAUGACAAGGUAUAAGUGCUGCGCUGGUUAUAUGCCUUGCAGUGGCAAGUGUGGAGAAAGUCGUUGCCCUACAUUUUGCCUUGUGACUGAGGUUUGUUGUUGCUUUGGAAAUUCAGUGAGCUCAACGCGCUUCCUGUUGCAAGAUCAAUUCAACAUAAAAACAACAAAAUGCGAUAACUGCAUUAUUGGCUUCAUGAUAGUCCUCAGCCAACUUGCUUGCCUAUGUAGAAUUGUGGCUUGUCUUACUGGAGAUGAAGACAUUGCGGAGGCUGCUCAUAUUUUGACAUGCAUAUCGGACAUGGUCUACUACUCGGUUUGUGCUUGUAUGCAGACACAACACAAGAUAGAAUUGGACAAAAGAGAUGGCAAGUUUGGUGAUGCACCAAUGACAGUACCACCCGCUCAACACAUGUCGCGGCUUGAUCAGCCUUACGGGCCAACUGUUGGAUAUCCUCCGUCUUAUGGGGCUCCUUACGGUCAACCACAAACUCCUCCUCAAGGUUAUCCAGCACAGGCUCCUGGCUUCCCACCACCCUCAGCCGCGGCUUAUCCUCCCGGAACUUAUCCUCCACAACAACCACCUAGCUUCUGGAGGUGAUUAUUUCGGAGAUUUAUUAUGUCGUUUCACAUUAAUGAAGCGCGAAAAAUGAGCUGUCCCUACGAUCAGAUGGAGCGUGCAAUUAUUUAUAUAUAGACCACAAAAUUGAUGACUAGCAACCAUAUUUUGCUUGACAUGUAUGAUACAAGUGCAAUCACGUAGAUGGACUUGCCUUCUAUUUGUAAACACAAGUUCUCUCUUCCAUAGAGACUUGGCUGAAACUAGGAAACAACUUAGGUGUGGAAUCACUUUUGUUGUUUGUUUGCUUGGAUCGUAGGGUGCUAGACGGAUUGAGGUCCUCUCUUGUGUUCACUGCAUAGUGUAGGUGUUUCUACUAUCUUUAUCAAGGGUCUUUGUACUUGAAUAUACUAAGGUUCUUGGUCUUUGUAAUAGUGUAUGUCACACUCUCUAUCAUUUCCUUUGUUGUAAUCUUGUAGUCGUGUGGUGUAUUGUUUCUCUUGUAAUCCGUGUGUUGUUAUUAUUACAUUGUUGUUGUCCAUUUUGUUCUUCAUAAAUUGUUGUUAAUAUUAGUUUGGAUCUUUGA